AACGAGCCGGCCGGCUGGCGAAGAUUAGACCAGAACCCCAUGGAGCAGCCAGGGGAGACUCGGCCCUGCCCCAGGGGCCACCUCCUGGACUUGCCCUGGGAGGACAUCCUGGUGCCACACAUCCUCUGCCAUCUGCCGCUGCGACAGCUCCUGAGCCUGCAAAGGGUCAGCAAGCCAUUCCAGACUCUCAUUCAGCUGUACUUGGCCAACAUGCGCUGCUUUGACUCUAGCCAGGUUGGCCCUCAUCUCCCCAAAGCUGCUUUCUGUAACCUUCUGAAAGACAAUGAAGUCCUGCAACAUUUAGCGCUCCAGAACUGCUCUGAUUGGCUGACUGACAAGGAGCUGCUUCCUGUGAUUGGCCAGAACCAUCACCUGCAGGAGAUCCAGCUGAGCAGCUGCCUGCAGCUGAGCCGGCAUGCCCUGGUGGCCAUCUCGCUGAGCUGCCCCAACGUGCGCUCUCUCUCCCUGGCUCACUGCGAGUGGGUGGAUAGCCUCUCUCUGCGCAGCCUGGCUGACCACUGCAAGAGACUUGAGUCCCUGGACUUGACGGCCUGUCGCCAGCUGAAGGAUGAAGCCAUCUGCUACCUGGUGCAGAAGUGCAGCAGGCUGAAGUCCCUCUCUCUGGCUGUCAAUGCCAAUGUGGGCGACACGGCAGUGGAGGAGAUUGCCAAGUGCUGCCGUGAGCUGGAGCACCUGGACCUCACCGGGUGUCUGCGAGUCAAGAACGAGUCCAUUAGGGUCCUGGCCGAGUACUGCACCAAGCUGCGCUCGCUGAAGGUGAAACACUGUCACAAGGUGGCCGAGUCCAGCCUGAGCAUCCUCCGUGGCCGUGGGGUGGAGCUGGAUGUGGAGCUGCCGCUGCAGAGGGCCCUUGUUCUCCUGCAGGACGGGGUUGGAUUCGCCCCCUUCAUUAACCUUCAGAUCUAGAGGAGGGGGAUGGCUGGCCUCUGCCUCCCGGAGGGUGCUGUAAGAAAUUGCUGCUGAGACUCAGAGGGAGCAGUCAGUCCCAUCAGUGUGGCUGGUCUUGAUGGGGCUCUCUGACCUCCCUCUACCUCCCGCCCCCUUGGUGCUCUUUAGCCACUGCUGUGUUUGUAAUGGGGCUCCCUCACUGCCUCCUGGGGGAAGCAGCAGCCCUUUGCAGUGGUUUGAAAAGCAAGAGGCACUCUCAGCAGCACCAUGGUGCUGAACAUGUCCCGGCAGGUAAAUGGGAUAUAUUAUUUAAGCAAUAUUUAAAAUCUCUAAGCCCAGCAUGCUGGGCAUCGGCUGUUCAGAGAGCAGGACACUGUGUGCAGGAACUAUGGCCAUGGACUUGCUGCAGAACUGUUGAAUAAACCAGACCAUCUCUGCCCUACUGAA